AGAAAGCAGAAAAAAGAAGGGCACGUUCUACUUGUUCCUGUACUCUUCGUUUUAGCCAUUUACACCUCCAAUCCAAGUCUGUCUCUCUGAGAUCAGGUGCUAGCAUCAGGUAAAUGGGUUUGAUGACACUACUUGAAGGCUUUCUGCUUCUUGCAAAUGCACUAGCAAUAUUAAAUGAGGACCGCUUCCUUGCGCCUAGAGGAUGGAGCCUCGCAGAAUUCUCAGUGGGCAGGACAAAGUCAGUCAAGGGACAGAUUAUAGGUCUCAUUUACGCAACACAGUACUUGAGAGUUCCUCUCGUACUACUCAAUACCGUCUGCAUUGUUCUAAAAUUGAUAUCUGGGUGAUGAAAAAUUAGAAUGGUUGCAGAUUGUUCUGAAGAUUCAUCAAAGUGAUAUGGGAAAUCUGCCAAAUGGAUCUCUGGUUUCUUGGAAGGCUGAAGCAUUAGGUUGAUUGAUAUUGUUUGAUUGUUGUAAUUUUGAAAUAGCUCUUGCACCUCACUGUUCGGAAACUCUUUGCCAACAUAUCAAUUGUGCAUUUUAACAUCACCC